AUGGAACAAUUUAGUACAGACACCAGCCAGAUCAGAAGCUGGCGUUCAAUCAUUACACUUGUUGUGUUCGCUGGCACCAAUACAAUUGUCCUGUUCCCAUUUCACAUCCCAAUCCAUCGAUGUAUUUCCGAUCCUAUCCAUAAUACCCUAAGAGGCUUGGAGAUCAUGCCGGACGAGCGUUCUCGGAGUAAUAAAGGAUUCCCAGUGAACCUUGUCACGGCACCCUUGAUCGCGGAUCUAUUCCUUCUCGCUAUCCGCGCAAUUGGCAAGAGAGAAGUUCACGACGGCACACUCGGAGCAAACGAUAUCCUGCCUUAUAACAUCAUGAUUUUCUUCCUUACACUAGCAUAUAUCGCCAUAUCGAUCGACUGUUCCGGCCUGAUUCGGUUGCUCGCAUUGAAGGUACUUAAAAAAGGAGGCAAGAAGGGGAGACUGCUCUUCUUAUUACUUUAUAUCUUCUUCUUUGUUCUAGGCAGCUUCAUCGGAAACGAUCCUAUUAUUCUUUCCGGAACCGCGUUUCUCGCCUAUUUGACUCGAGUGUCAAAUAAUAUUACACACCCACGAGCAUGGAUUCAUACUCAAUUUGCUGUAGCAAAUAUUGCUUCGGCAAUUCUUGUCUCCUCGAAUCCGACUAUUCUCGUACUCGCGGGUGCAUUUGGGAUCAAAUUCAUCACGUACACUGCAAAUAUGGUUGUCCCUGUCUUUAUUACAUUUAUCGUUCUUUUCCCAUUCUUAUUAUUUGUAAUUUUCAAAAAAGAGAAGCAUAUCCCGCGCAAGACCGAGGGGGCCUGGCUCCUUAAAGAGCAAACGGACAAGAAGCCGGUAGACCCUAACAUUCCUGAUAGCAGGGAGCUUGCCGAAGGAGAGGACGAUCCAGAAGCAGACGAGGUCUUAAAUCCUUUUAUCAACAGGAAGAGCGCUAUGUUUGGGGCUUUUGUUAUGUCCGCCACCCUUAUCACCCUGUUGGUGGUCAAUGCUAGUGACCAGAAGAAAGGGGGCAAAGAAACGCCCGUGUUUUACAUCACGCUGCCUGCUGCAUUCAUGAUGUUCUGCUGGGAUCUUGGGUCGGGAUGGUUGAACAGGGAGGAUAACCGGAAAAUUGCUAAAGAGGCGCUGGAAAAGAAAAAGGCUAGAGUCAGGCGGGAGCGAGCGGGAGUUCAAUCUUCAUUCUUGAUUCUGCCUCUAAAAGAUGAACGUCUGCAGAACGGGCAACGAGCGACCACUGAAAACGAGGCACAAGGAUCAGCUCGCCCAGACUCUAGCGAGGCUCAACAAAUAACGAGGACGGUUGUAGGCAAAAAGGACGAGGAGGAAGGAUCUGAGUCUAUACGAAUCUCGGCUGAUAUCCUGCGGGAAAAUGAUUCAAGAAAGCCCAUCCUUCUACGUUCCCCAGUUACAGCAGUGCUUUCUCUUUUACCAUACAAGCUCUUGCCUUUCGCUUUCUCGAUGUUCGUUCUGGUGCAAGGCUUGGUGGCACAAGGCUGGGUUGCAGUAUUUGCCUAUGGAUGGGAUUAUUGGGUGAACACGACAGGAACCGUUGGUGCUAUUACAGGGAUUGCUUUCGUAUCUGUAAUUCUAUGUAAUUUUGCAGGCACAAACAUCGGUACUACUAUUCUUCUGUGCCGUGUUAUUCAAACGUGGAAACAGAUCCAUGUUGAAAACAGCCUUCCAAUUUCAGACCGGACCCUCUGGGGAACAAUAUAUGCUAUGGCGCUUGGUGUCAACUACCGUGCCUUUAGUGCUGCGUUCAGCGCCUCACUUGCCGGUCUCCUCUGGCGAGAUAUCCUUGAAAAGAAAGAAAUCCCAGUUAAGCGUCUGGAUUUUGCUCGUAUUAAUAUGCCUAUUAUCUCGAUCGCUAUGGCGGUAGGAUGUUCGACACUUGUUCUCCAGAACCACAUUAUGAGGAGCGAUAAACCUUUUAACACAUGA